UUCAGGAGCAAGUCACGGGUCUCGGAGGACUUUUGAGUCAAGCAAAGGAUUCUAACUUAGAAACUUAAGAAAAUAAUGAUCAGGUUAGGAAAGGGAGAUUUUUAUAUUCUUUAUUUUUUAAUUUGACAACACAAAAAUAUGACCAAAUGAUUUGAAUCAAGAUUUCUUCCAAGAAUAUGCAAAUGAAAAGAUUCUCACCAUCAUCAGUCAUUAAGAGAAAAAUACAAAGCAAACGAUAGUGAGGUACCAUGGCAUACUUCACUAAGGUGGCUGAUCCAAAAGAUGAACAGUGACAAGUGUUGGUGAGACUAUGGAGAGACUGGAACCCCCUUAGGUCACUAGUGGAACUUUAAAAUGUCACAGUGGCCAUGAAAGAUGAAACUGGAGGCGCAGGGGGAGACUGGUGCCGUUGCCUCCUGACAUUUCCUACCUUCCAGCCCUCAGACUCAUCGCUAUCCUGAGACCCUCACCAUGCCUCACAUCGACAACGAUGUGAAACUGGACUUCAAGGAUGUCCUACUGAGGCCCAAGAGCAGCACCCUAAAGUCUCGAAGUGAGGUGGAUCUCACAAGAUCCUUUGAAUUUCGGAAUUCAAAACAGAUGUACACAGGGGUUCCCAUCAUUGCAGCCAAUAUGGACACUGUGGGCACCUUUGAGAUGGCCAAAAUUCUUUGCAAGUUCUCCCUCUUCACUGCCAUCCAUAAGCACUACAGCCUCGAGCAGUGGGAAGAGUUUGCUAUUCAGAAUCCUGACUGUCUUGAGCAUCUGGCUGCCAGUUCGGGCACAGGCUCCUCCGACUUGGAGCAGCUGGAACAGAUCCUGGGUGCUGUCCCCCAGGUGAAACAUAUCUGCCUGGACGUGGCAAACGGCUACUCAGAACACUUCGUUGAAUUUGUGAAGGACGUGCGGAAGCGCUUCCCCCAACACACCAUCAUGGCAGGGAACGUGGUAACAGGAGAGAUGGUGGAAGAACUGAUCCUCUCGGGUGACAUCAUCAAAGUGGGCAUCGGGCCAGGUUCUGUGUGUACCACCCGGAAGAAAACAGGAGUGGGGUAUCCGCAGCUCAGUGCAGUGAUGGAGUGUGCCGAUGCUGCUCAUGGCCUCAAAGGCCACAUCAUUUCAGAUGGCGGCUGCAGCUGUCCUGGAAAUGUGGCCAAGGCUUUUGGGGCCGGGGCUGACUUUGUGAUGCUGGGCGGCAUGCUGGCAGGGCACACCGAGUCAGGUGGCGAGCUCAUCGAGAGGAAUGGCAAGAAAUACAAGCUUUUCUAUGGAAUGAGUUCUGAACUGGCCAUGAAGAAGUACGCAGGGGGUGUGGCCGAAUACAGGGCCUCAGAGGGCAAGACAGUGGAGGUCCCCUUUAAAGGAGUGGAGUAUACCGUCCGAGACAUCCUUGGAGGAGUCCGCUCAACCUGUACCUAUGUGGGAGCAGCUAAGCUGAAGGAGUUGAGCCGGAGAACUACCUUCAUCCGCGUCACCCAGCAGGUGAAUCCAAUCUUCAGUGAAGAGCGCUAGACCUGGAGUUCUGUCCACCCUCCCAAGAUACCAGGGCCCCUCCCCAGUCCCAGCUCCUCCUGCUACUUGCUAUGAGCCUUUUCUCGUCCUCCCGCUCCCGAGGGCACCUGCAGCAGCUCUGCACCCCUCUGCCUACACAUGCAACACCAAGGGCACUCCCUGGGGACGAAGUAAGGAGUGAUGAGAAUCUGAGGAAAUGAAAAUAAUCAAAUGGCAAACUGGGGGCCCGGCAGCCAGAAGAUUACUGACAGGAAAAGACGCUGAGUUAUAAUGACCUUGGUCUGGACCAUGCAGGCUUAUUUAGAAUCAUGAUUUGGUCAUCGGCUUCAUUAAACCAGACUUGACUACUCAGAAAAGAAAAAAAAAGAAAAAAGAAAGAUGAAACUGAGCAUACAACCCAGCAUUUCUACCUUUAGUAAUCUGAACUGACAGCACGUGGACCCUUGAAGACUUGUACACAAGUAGAUUUUCACAGCCGCAUCAUUCAUAAUGGCCCCAAACUGGAAACAACCCAAAUGUCCAUUGACUGAUGAAUCCAUGCAAUGAAAUACCCCAGAGCAAGGAAAAAGGCAACACGGAUGAUGCCCUAGAGCAUGCUUCGUGAAAAAGGCCAGAGUAGUACUAUCUGUUGUAUGAUUGCAUUUAUCUGAGUAUCAGAAAAGAACAUUGAUAGC